UGAAACUAGAUCUUAAAGGUUUUUAUUCAAGUAGAAGAUAGUUAACUAUUUAAUCAAAUUCUAUGUUGCUCUUUCUUCUCUUAUUCUUCUUUCUAUCAGAUGAUUCUUCAAGUUAACAAAUGAAAGUUAUCUUAGUAAUAUUGACUAAGACUGAUAGAAUAUGAUCGUAUGAAUAGUAGUUCAGGUGACUAGUUCAUUGAUUUUUAUUUAGUUUAACUUAGGCAUUCUGUGUUUAUUCAUUAAAUUUUAAGAUGUAAAACAUUAUCUCUUGGUUAUUUUCAAAACUAUGUGAACUGUGAAAGUAGAUUGUUGUUGUUGUUUUCUUUUUUCAUGAUAUGAAAGGUAAUAUAACGGAUAUUGAGUUUGUUAGCUUAUUUACUUACCUACUUAGGCCUGUUACUCCCAAUGGAGCAUAGGCCGCCGACCAGCAUUCUCCAACCCAUUCUCUCCUAGGCCCUUCUUUUCUAGUUCUAUCCAAUUUUUGUUCAUUCUUCUCAUAUCUGUCUCCAUUUCUCGGCGUAAUGUGCUCUUUGCUAUUCCUCUCCUCCUUUAGCCUUGAAGAUUUCAUGUGAGGGCUUGUCUUAUGACACAUUUGGGUGCUUUAUUUAUUUAUUUUAACACAUAGAUAUUGGUACGAGGAGGCACCAAAUAUAUAUGCGACACACAGAUCUCAUUUGACUUGUGUAAGGGCUGUGAUACUGCCCGGGUGCCCAAACCGAAGCAGGGUUGGGUGCUUUCUUUAAUGUUGGUACUAUCUUCUUCCAGCGCUUCUUCUUCAUUUCUUCCUCCGCUCGGGUCUGGUUUGUUCUCUCUCACAGUAGGUUGUUGUUGAUAGUGUCUGGUCAAUGAAUUUGAUUUAUUUUGCGUAGAAAACUGUUAAUAAACACUCGUAUCUUGUGGAUGAUGGUUUUCGUAGUUCUCCAAGUUUCCACCACAUACAGUAGAACUGUCUUGCGAUUUGUAUUGAAAGUUGUGACUUUGGUGUUGAUUGAUAGAUAGUUGUUUUGAGUUUCAGAUGUUCUUCAGUUGUUAGCUUAGUAACUUGAAUCACUCAAUAAAUGUUCUAGUUUUUUAGACUUUUAUCUAGAAAUUCGGAGUUUCUCCCAAUGAAUUCAUUUUUCUCAGUUGUCAAGAUACAGUUUAUAUAAUUUAACUGUUGACCUAUGUGUAUGAAUGCGUGUAGGCGACGUGGAACUUUCUCUUAUUAUAUAUGCUGCUUCGGUUUUACACGACUAGAUGUUACUGUUUGUAAAGAUGCGUGAAAACACCUAUGAAGGGAAUGUCAUUAUUCCAGGUCAGUAAGAUUCUGAGAGUACUGGGGAAUUUGUAGAACCGUAGCACUCAAUCCAUAAUCAAUAGGCAAUUUGAUAUCGGUCUAAUUGAUCAAACUAUGGGACAAUCACGUGUUUCUGAGUUUAGCUUAACACUAUUGUUCAUAAGUAUACAAAUCCAUAUGAAGUUAACAGUUGCUAAGGACGACGAAUCACAAACAAAUUCAUCAAAAUGAAUUGGUUUAUUGCUUUCGAAAUAAUUUAUAAGACACAAUUCGAAUUUAGUCUUAACUGUGUUGUCUGGAUCAAUAAUGAAAUUUCUACAAUUAAGAGCACGUAACAUGAACUCAUUAUUGAUAUUAAUAAAGUUUAAUACAAAAUUUGAAUAUCUUUUACACUAUAAAUUGUGUUCACUUAGACCGUAGUUAUCUGCCUUAAUGUGGUAAUCGGGCUUUCAUAUCAUGUUAACUUAAUUAAGUCCUGCCGUUUGGAUUACUUGUUCCUUUAGGUUCUAUCAUUCUAGGCAGAUUGGUUGGAGGACAGUAAAACUGAAAGCAUCAAACUUAGGGUUCGAGGCAGGAUUCGUACUACCAACUGUACAGGAGUGAGGUGUUUCUCUCAAACAGAUAGCAUCUAUAGAGAUGCUGCCUGCUCAGAACAUAAGGUGGUUAGAAAGAUCAGCCUUAAAAAUAAAGCCAUAUAAUCGGUGAUAAGUUCUGAGGGUACGGAACUAAUAUCAAUAUCUACUCACAAAUGCCUCAAGCUGUUGUCCCUUAGCGCUUUGCAGUCAUUCUCUUAUGUCGAAACCACGCCUAACUCAAGAAGUAUUUUUCCAUGGAGUGAAAGAGUAAGAAUUUACAACCACCCUCAUACUUCUAAUAGCGUUCGAGACCAUCUUGCUCACUUAAUAAGGAUCACACUUGUUUCUUCGUAGUUUAAGACUAUUUAGAGGCCUAGAUCUGCUAACUGUUCAUGGAUCGUAGAAAGUACAUGACAUGAGUUUUCUUCCCACUAAACUAUCUCCAUAAGUCACUUAAGGGUGUUGUCGCUUAAUCAUUUGUAAAAGUGAAAACUGACAACUGUACGAGGAGCCAUCGGGAUAUAGGACAGUUAAAUUUGGGUUAAGUGUCAGAAGUAAUUAAUGUCUAACUCAAUUAUAUUUGUGGAUCAUAUUAUCUACAGAAAAACAAUAUAAAUUUGCAUGGAUGUAUAACGUUCGACUUUUGCGUUAAAAAUCAAUCAUAUUAAUCAUCACCUUUGUGUUAAUACUCCUACUGAUUCAAUUUAAAGGAAAGAUCUAGACGAAGCGUUAUUUAGUAAACGGAAUAGUGAAUCAAUAAGUUGGACUUGACCUGAUUCGUUUGAAGAACACGACCUCAUUUCAUCAGUUAACAUAAGCAUUAAGAAUAUUUGAUUUUCACUGACUAUUCGGCUUAAAAACAUAAAUACUUUUCCUUUGAACUCGAUUUUGUCAGAGUUGAGGUUUCUUAUUUUUCGAUGCUAAAAAAAGAUUAAAUGAUUGGUGUAUUACAAAUCAGUAUUGCCAAGGUGUGCUAACUAGCAUAAAACUUAGGCUUCAGGACUGUUUAUCAAUGAUCUUCAGUUAUGUAGUAUCAAAAAGUGUAGCAACGUCGAGGUAUGAUAUGAAGAAUAGCUCUGUAUAGGGCUAACAUAUAUCGAUCUACUGUGACUCCCUAGUUGAAAUCCUUAGAGAUUGCCCAACUCAGUGAUUUGAAACACCAUCAUUAAUGACUCGAAAUAGAAGUUAAUAGAGAUCCUGUUGUAUGUUUUCAUUGAAUUCUUUAUAAAAGCAAAAUGAGCUUUUUUAAGCUUUUCUUGGUUAUAUUUUUAAGUAAACUAUAUUGCUUAUCAAAUAUGAUUAUUGUUGGCUUAGAUAUUGAUUGCACUACCGUUCCCUUCAUUAUUUGUUUAAAGUAUUAUCACUUUGUUUCUAUAUUUUCCUUGAUAAACGUUUAGAGGUUUCAGUUUUUUCAGACUUUCUGAAGAUUGGUCUCCUGCUUGGAACCUCAUUUGUUCAGUGUGCAUGAAUUAUGUAAUUUUUAUUGUUGAAGACGCUGAUAAAAUCUGAACUUUUCUAAACACCUUGAAUUAAAAUACAAAACUGUUUAGGAUAAGUUGUAUUCCCUGCAAAAGUCAAGCUAUACCUCAAGACUGGCCUAUGUUAAUGUUAGGUCCCGAUAAACAUAAUGAAUGGUAACUUUUGGGAUCCUUUUAUGGACCAAUACUAAACGUAUAUUUUUAUCGUAUAAUUGUUAAAUAACUAAACUAUUCAUAUUCAUAUUCCUCUUAUUAUAAGCUUUAUUUUAACAUAUAAACUGUUAUUAUACGUUUUUCCAUUCUUGAAUUAUUCCCUGUCUACUAAUCACUGCCUCACACAUUCACAGUUACAUUUGGCGGAAUUUUGUACAAAUGUUAUUUUCUAUUUUAUGCUACUUUGUGGUCUGUUUGAUUGGUAUAUAAACUCAGUAUGUUUGAAAUAUAACGAUUCAUAUUGCAUAGGCUCGGACUGGUGUUCUGGACUUAAGUGGCUGGCCUAGGCAGGAAGCAGGACCGAUAAGUACUCUAGUCUGCUCGUACGGGUUUAUACGUCAUUGAUCCGAUCGAUAAUUCGCUGCUUCUGAUUGGCGGCUUUGGGUUAUAACAGUUAAUGUCUAAUUUGAACAAAGAGUUUAGCAGUUGAGUAUAUAGAUUACUUCAUUCUUCGUUAACUGAUAGCUGUUAAAAUUUCAGAAUGUAUUCAAAAAUCCUAUUUGUCUUUUAUCGACUUAUAUUAAUGAGUUUACCAACUUUCAUCAACUUGAAUAGUAUAUAUAGGGAACUUUAAAAUGACCACAUUUUGGUGAACUGGAAUUAAGACAUCAUCACUUUAAUGAUUUUAUGUAUCUUAUCAUUAGAUAUGUAGUGAACAAGAAGACAAGCGGGGAUAACUGAGUGUAUUUGAGCGCAAAAUUACAGAAUUUCUUAGUAAAAUCUGAGAACUAUACAGUAACUACUUUAUUUGCAAAAUGUCAAUCAAUUGUCUCAAACUUGACUGUUUCUUUUGCAAAUAUCAGUCAAUCGUUUCAGACUUCAUUGUUCCUACAUUUCCAUACCAAUCAUUCUUUGUUCUCGUUCUCUUUCGUUCGAUUUUCUUAACCUUUUGCCUCUAGUCAUUUCACUUUCGAUUGACGAUACAUACUACUUAUAUCUAUCGAUAUCAGUAGAAUACACAACAGAUAUUUUGAUUAAAUACAUCAUAUCAUUAUAAAUAUAUGCAAGGAAUAUUACCCUACUACACAUCAAACAUCUUUCUCAGCCUUACUAUCUGUAGGAGAGUAUAAUAUUAGAAAGUAUUUAAAUUCUAUUCUCUAUGAAAACAAUAUCAGUUUAUGAUGGUUUUACAUUGUUUAAAUACUGAAAAUAUAUGGCAUUUACUUAAUGAUAUAUCAUAACCAAUUUUCCCAAGUCUACUAUUCUAUAGUGUUUGCUUUCUUUUUCCUCCCCGCCUGUAUUGUUACAUCACAUGCAUCGGUAAGAUUAUUCAUGUGAACUAGUUCAACGUCUAUAUAACAUAUUACAUAUACAUAUUUACAAUAAUAAUAAUAAUUUGUAUGUAAAUUCUUUCUAUAUGUGAUACCUGAACAACUUGUCAUUGAAUUGACUUGAUUCGAUUUGUUUCCGUUUUUACCUUUGUUAUAUUUUAUAACGACCAAUACCUAACCGCUCAUUGUUACCCUUAACAAUAAUUGAUUAAUAUUCUAGGUCAUAUGAAGGUGAAUAUAAAGAUAAUCUUAUUGUCUAAUCUUAAUAGUACAGAUAAUCUUAUUUUUCAUUUGUUAGUAGUUUCAAUGUUUUCGUUUUAUUGUAAUGUAACUUCUACUGUUUCACAUAGUUAACAAGUUUGUUUUUAUUUGAUGAAACUGUAACCAAGUUGUAAACUUGUGAUUGAUAUGGGGGGCUGUACAGAUUGUUGAAUUUUAUGGGAUCAUGAACCAAUCAAAGAUGGUCGUGCAAUUUCGCGAAUUGAUUGAAGUUAGACUUAUCUACCAUUGGGUCCUAGUUUAGUGGUCUAGAGGCUAAACAUUCACGAUUGGCACUGAAGGUUUUGGGUUCGAUUCAUGAAUGCGCACUACUAAGGAGUCCUAUACUAGAACAAAACAGUGGUCUAGUGCUUCUAGGUUAUCAGUGGUUGUUUAACUUAAAUCGGUUCGUGAUCUUAAUCAGCUUGUAUGUUGAUUAACAUGAGUGAAGAUGUGUGUUUUAGUGAUUAAUCAGGAUGAUUCCUGGCAUGUUAGAGUUGUGUUUGAUAACGUCAAUAACACCAGUCUAUGUGGCUGAUAGUCGUUAGCUUUAAUUGUAUAAGAGACUUCAAGUUGUCUUAGUGCUAUCAGUACUAUAUCAUAGUUGUUAACUUUUGUACUUUUCUAUUAAAGAGAAAUAUUUAAGCCUUAUGUGCAAACUGAACCUCGUAAAUUCUAUAAUUAUGAAUUACUACUCUAUUUAUUAGUCUGUCUGUUGACAAUCUCUUCUUAUCAAUCGGCCAUUGUAUCAUUUAGUGAAUGUUUCUCAUGUAUUUAUAUCUUAGUUCACUGUCAUAUUUGGACUAUUUUAAUUACGAUGAAUGUUUUGUGUGUCGCCUCUUUUCGGGUAAUAUUCUUCCCUGAUAAGUUCAUGUUGAACGAAUUUGAAAGAUUGAUUAUAAUAUUUUCAAAACAACUUGCUUAAUCGACAUACUAUUUACUAGUUUUUCAAUAGAUGAGGUUGUGAACCCACCUUCGACUAAUUGUAAAUCUUUUGUUCAAUUUGUAAUCCUAUCAAAGACAAUGAAGAAUGUAGCAUACUGUUACAUAUAUUCAACGAUUACGCUAUUUUGAAAUUGAUAACAUCUAGAAUUCCAUAUUGAGUUAAACUAGUUUUUCUGUCCCCAUAAGUUUCCUGCACUAACCAUAACCCACCAACUGCCCGAACACCGAUUACCACGACGUGCAAUGCUAACCGGUGUUGGAGAUGGUUGGAAGAAGGUUAGGGGCGACCAAACCAAAACGUGGCAUCAGUGCUUGAAGUCACUAACUUCUAGUCUUAGCCAUGUUGGUAGAUGCAGACUACUUGGUUGGGGUCCGCGUGACUAUCGUAACCAAUGGUUGGAGACUCUUGGUGACAUGGCUCAGAAUCGAUCACAAUGGCGUCAGUGUACACAUUUUCUGUCUUCCCUUAAACUAUGAGAUUAAGAUCACUUCAUAUCUUUCCUUCUACUAGCUAAUUCUUUCUUCCUGUACUAUAUCCUUAUUGCAAUCUUUAUUUUAUGUAUUACCACCUCUGAAUUAACCACUUAUAUGAAUCCGGUGUCCAUCUUGUGUUAAUGAGGUAUGGCAACUUGGACCGAUGCAUAUAUGUGCCUGGUCCUACGUUGUGGCUGACUGACUGAACUGUACGACUUUACUUUUUCACACGGUCAGUAUGACACGAAAUCUUAAAUCUGUUUAAAUUCUUCCUGAAGAUGAUCAAAAAGACGCUACUUCUCUUUAUAGUAUUUACCUAACUUGGCUGUAAUGGUUUAGAUACUGAAAACCAAAAGGUUUAUAUUUCGUGAGGUAACCACAAUCAGUGUUUUAAGACGUCUAGUGAUACAGCUCAGGAUUGCUCAUAGUGAUGCGCUCACUCCUUGACUUCCUCUUAAUGUUGGUUCCCGAUGCUCCUUCAUACGUGCAUUUCCUUUACGUCUUCUUGAACCAUAUUCUCACUGUUUAGUUUUUCUCACAUUCAUAACCUUUAUAUUUUAAAUUUUUAUUUGAACACAAAUAUUGGUACAAAGGGGCACCGAAUACAUAUGCGCCACACAAUGAACUUGAUUUGUGUAUGGGCUGUGAUACUGCUCGGGUACCCAGACCGAACCAGGUGGUUUUAUUGAGGGCCACACCCAGAGCCUUCGACGUAAAGGUCUAAUCCACAAGACAGUGGUGCAACGUCAGGAGAUGCAAUCCCAUGGUGGCCGGUGACCAAAAAUUGGUUCAUAUGCCAUUUUUUCUCUCAGGAUACUGGAACUCGUGUGCAUCAUUGGGUUGGAAUGAGGGUUUUCCAACUCCCCUAGGUGAACCCUCCGUAUCCACCAACCGGGUUAAAGCGCCGAACAACACCCCCACCAUGAAAAGGCAGUAAGCAGGACUUCUCUGUCAGUGGCUGUAUAUGCGUGGGCAUCUGAGAGCAUUUUGAGAGGGAGAGCUGACUCUCCCCACCCUCGGCUGUACCACUACAAUUCUUUCAACUCCUUAGGUAUUCAUGUUAAUUUCAUCCUAUGUUUAGUGUAGUGACGUAGACUGAUGAAUAUUUAUGCCAAUCAGUCAUUCGUAUGCAACGUAUAACCUGGUACAUAUUUGUGUCAAUUCAAGUUACCACAUCACAUUUAUAGAGCGAAAAGAUAAUAAUCAAGACAAAUCACGUAAAAUUUAUGUCAAACCUUGUGUUGGUUAUUACAAAUAGACCUAUUAGUAACGUAACAGUUGUUGAAGAAUCAGAAGUAAUAUAACGCCAAAUAAAAACGAAUUUCCUUUUCUCCACGAUACUACUACGAUAAUACGACCUGGAAAAAAGAUUAAACUACUACUAGAAUCGAUCGAUAGGUUAUAGGCAGGCUAAAUAUGGAAAACCAAAGUAGAUUUAUUCAGCGCAAACACAAGCAGUUCAACACACCCAUUGAGUCUAGAGUACAAAUCAAUAAUACGAAAGAAAUCACAUAUUUAAUAAUAAAUUUAGUGUUUGUUUCCGACAUUCAGUGGCCAAUUACAUUUUACUUUCACUGGCCACAAAUCAAAAAGUUAACAAAUUACUUACAUCGUUAUAUAUAUUAUUCAAUUAUAAUGGUGAGAACUCUGCCUGUAGCUCUUCUAGGGUUACUGCCAGUCCAAAGCCCGGGUAAAGGAAGAGGAUUGGGUAUAGGGUCGGCAACCCUAUCUCGUGGAAAACAACCUUCCUAAAAAAACACUAACCAGAAUAAACAAAUUAAACCACUUAAACUCUUCCCUCCGAGUUGAAGGUGGGAUUAUGACGCCUCAUGAUGGAAGCCGAGAUUCUUCGGAAGUCACGAAGUUGAUGGCCCUUCUAACUACCAGAGCAACAGUUAAUAUAGGUACAUAUAAUGUUCGAACAAUGUGAGAGACCGGGAGGACUGAUCAACUAGCAACGGAAAUGAGGAUAUACAACUUUGCAGUUCUUGGAAUCAGUGAAACCCAUUGGAUCCAAGCUGGACAGCAAGGGUUAGGUACGGAAGAGAUGCUGCUGUACUUCAGUCACGAAAAGGAAAAUGCUCAACACACUCACGCAGUUGCUCUGAUGCUGUCCAAAGAAGCACAAAAUGCACUUAUUGGAUGUGAGUCUGAUGUAUCCAGGAUUGUCAAAGCGUCCUUGAAAAGAAAAAAGGAAGGAAUAACAAUGAAUGUUAUCGAGUUUUAUACACCUACCAAUAAUAGCAACGACGACUUUGAAAAUCAAUUUUACGAGAGGCUGCAAUUGAUCACAACGAAGUGCCCAGGACAGCACCUGACAAUCUUGAUGAGAGAUCUAAACGCCAGUCAGAAUGAACACUAACAGUUAUGAAGAUAUCAUGAGAGGUAAAAGACGUAAGGAAAGGAUAAUGUUGAGAGUUUACGUCACUAUUCAAACUAUUUAGUUAUCUUCAGAGUUGAAUUCACGAAUCAAUCUAAUCAAGACCAUCACUAAAAAAACAGAAGCACUGGUAGGCCGUUUCGUCAUCGUGAAUUCAACUUUGAAAAUACUACAAUACCUACUAAUCCUUAAAAUAUUUAUUUAUCAUUGAUUCAUUAAGAGAAUGUAAUAAUUGAACUACUAUUCACUGUAUAUUAUUCUCCUUAUCAAGUUAAGUUUUUUUCAGUUUGUGUCAUACAAACAACCAAACUUUGUUGGUAACAAAUUAAUUACUCCAUUUUUAUCAGAAGGGGUUUCGUGAAUAUUAACGUUUGGUCUGUCGUAUUUUUGAGAUUUGCCUAAUAGUGAAUAGAUCAUCUCACUCAUGCCUCACGUUGACGACUUCAAUUUUGUGCAUGCUUGCUGUUUGUUUUAAAUUGUAUUCUCUUUCUAAAUAAUGAAUUCCAACCGUUUAAACUAUAAACCAAUGUAGAUGAAAUAAUUCAGUACAUAUUGACUGAAAAUGUUUGAAACUGAUUGAUCACUGAGUAGUAGGUGAGUAAUGCUGUUCUUCCCUAGUCCUUAUUGUGUGCGCUUCGGAUUAUUGCAUCGAUCAAUUACGCAAUAUGUGACCAGUAAACUUGAAAGUCUCAUCGUCACCUAUCUUCUAUUUUGAUGUAAAGUAUAUGAAGGGAAUUGACAGGAAGUUGUGACUAGAUCUCCUAGAUUUUGUAUAAGUUGGGACAAGACAAAUUACAGUUGUUGGGUCACUGAGAUUGUGUUGGAUUCGUCUUAGUUGAUUUAUAUUGAAUACUGUGUAUGUUAGUGUGUGGAUUAUUAUACCAGUUGUUAAGGUCAGAAAAGUUGUUUGAUGAACUUCCCUCUGUGCUGUUGUAGUUCAGCAACCGAUACACAUAUGUGUCAGGUUGUAUGUUGCUUGCUUAUCACUGAAUGGAUGAAUUACGUAUAAGGAUUAGUUUAUCGUGUUUAUCUAUGUGAGUGUGUGAAGCUGAACAGUUAUCCAGUGUUCCCUAGAUGUUUGGCUAGUACAUUUUUUUAAAUAAUUGAGGUUAUGUGUCAAUUGAAGUCAGACCACCAUGGAAAGCCUGGAAGCACUGAACGGCCGUUCCGUCCUAGUACUCCACUUUUUGUCACACAUUAAUUUUGACAUUGUUAAGUGUCGUUGUUUACUGAUAGAUUAUGUUCUUUAACAGACUACUAAGUUUGAAUCUUUUUUAAAAAUCAUUUUCCUUAGAAAUGUACGGAUAAUUUAUAUGUAUAUACGUAUCAUAUCUAAUUAUAUGGGUGUUAUAAUUAAACCAAUUCUAUUCCGAAUUAUAAAAUCUUAUCAAGUUUCCUUGACAACUUAUCCAUUUAAUACAUCAAGUCAAAUAUUGAUUUUAAAUUCUAAUGAUAUCUAUCGAAAUUUAGCUUUUGAAGAAUGUUUAUAUCAUGAAAGUGAGAAACACUUGAAAUAUUUAAAGGAUAAACCAUCAUGGUUUACAAAAAUCUUAUUAUGGCGUAGUAAUUCUUGUAUUGUAAUUGGUCGAUUUCAAAAUGCUUGGAAAGAAGCGAACAUUCCAUUGUUACAUUCUAAUGGUUGGAAAUUAGCUAGACGUCAUUCUGGUGGUGGUGCUGUUUAUCAUGAUCUUGGUAAUUUAAACAUAUCAUUUAUACAGCCUAGAUGUUAUAUGGAUAGACAGAAAUGUAUGGAAUUUUUACAGUCGGUUUUACAACCAUUAUUAAUUCCUUCAAAUUGCUCUAUACAUAUUGGCAAUAGAUAUGAUUUGUGGAUUUCAGAAAAUCAAACUAAUACAAAUACAUUGCAAAAUAUGUCAAAAAUAUCCGGCUCUUCAUCGAAAUUCGGUGCUAAUAUGGCAUAUCAUCAUUGUACAUUACUUUUUGAUGCAAAUUUAAACAAUUUAUCUGAAGUACUGAAACCAACUUUUAUAAAUUUAAAAACCAAAGCAACUGAUAGCAUUCGAAGUCCAGUGAAAAAUUUAAAUUUAAACAUUGAACUACUUUUAAAUACAAUCAUUGAAGAUGGUUUAAAAUGGAUAUCCAAAAAUGAUUUGAUUACAUCUAACCCUGUUGUAACCAAUAUAUUGGAAGGUCAAGAAGAUCAAUUUAUCCAUUCAAUGAAAGAUUUUCAACAAACAUUAACAUUGUCACAAACAUGGUCAUGGAUUUAUGGUAAUUCACCAAGUUUUCAAUUAGCAUUAGAAAAUUAUGAACCUAAUCUAUCUUAUCUUACUAAUCAAUUUGGUUCCAUUGUCAUAGAUUUUAGUCGUGGUGGAGUUUUUAAAUCUAUUGGAUUUGAUCAUUCUCAUAAUUGUAAUGUAGAUUCUUUAUUGAAAGAUUUUUUAUCAGAGUUAACUAUAUGUCUUCAUGGUGCAGAAUGUCGAACUAAUUCAUGGGAUUUUAUAUUGGAUCAAUUUGUAUCUAAGAAACUAAUUCAAUUGAAUGGUGAAAAUAUGUCUAAUGAACAAUUAUUAAUAAUUAAGGCGUUAAAAAUGAUUUCUAGUCUAUUUUAAUACGAUUUUUAUUGAUUAAAAUCAUAUUUCUAGUUUACUUUUAUUAUGGAACAUAUUAUGUACAAGAGCACUUGUUUUUCAUAUGUUCGAAAGUGUAGUUGGAUAAUGCAUCAUAUUGGUCUUCAUGGAGUUAAUGUAUGAUCCAGAAUCGAGUUAUAUUGAUUAAUAUGAUCAUGGAGAGUCUGUGAGAUUGAGUUUUCUAGUUCAUAUCACUGAUCUUACUUACUUACUUAGUUACGCCUGUUACUCCCGAUGGAGCAUAGGCCGCCGACCAGCAUUCUCCAACCCAAUCUGUCCUGGGCUCUUCUUUUCUAGUUCUAUCUAAUUUUUGUUCAUUCUACUCAUAUCUGUCUCCAUUUCUCGGUGUAAUGUGCUCUUUGUUAUUCCUCUCCUCCUUUAGCCUUGAAGAUUCCAUAUGAGGGCUUGUCUUAUGACACAGUUGGGUGCUUUCCUCAUUGUGUAUCCUAUCCACUUCCAGCGCUUCUUCCUGAUUUCUUCCUUCGCUGGGAUCUGGUUUGUUCUCUCUCACAGUAGGUUAUUGUUGAUAGUGUCUGGCCAAUGAAUCUGAUGUAUUUUGCGUAGACAAC